AUGGUCGAUAUUCGGAUGCAUAUUACCUGUCCAGUUUUCAUUCGACUUGUUGGUCUACCUCGUGAUUGCUGUGAAGCCGAUCAUCCAGAAAGUACUAGAUGGCUUGCAUGGGAUACGCUACACGAUGUUAUUGGACGUUUGGAAAACUUCCCAUUGACGGUGAAUGAAUUAAAAGAUACUAGGGAACGGUCAACUACAAAUGCUAUAAAUGACGUAUCUCUAUCUCAAAUAAGGAAUUCUGAUUCAGUCUACACCGACGAAGCUUUUGUCUAUUGA